AUGUCUGUCACUGAGGAUGACCUGUGUCACCACAUGAAAGUAGUUGUCCGCGUGCGUCCUGAAAACACAAAGGAAAAGGCAGCUGGAUUUCAUAAAGUAGCCCAUGUUGUGGAUCAGCAUAUUCUAGUUUUUGAUCCCAAACAACAAGAAAUUGGUUUUUUCCAUGGAAGGAAAACUGCAAAUCGAGAUAUUACAAAGAGACCAAAUAAGGAUCUUAAAUUUGUGUUUGAUGCUGUUUUUGAUGAAACUUCAACACAACUGGAAGUUUUUGAACAUACUACUAAGCCAAUUCUUCGGAGUUUUUUAAAUGGAUAUAACUGCACAGUACUUGCAUAUGGUGCCACUGGAGCUGGGAAGACCCACACGAUGCUAGGAUCAGCUACCGAACCUGGAGUGAUGUAUCUAACCUUAUUAGAACUUUACAAAUCCAUGGAUGAGAUUAAAGAAGAGAAAGUAUGUAGCACUGCAGUUUCUUAUCUGGAGGUAUAUAAUGAACAGAUUCGUGACCUCUUAGUCAAUUCAGGGCCACUUGCUGUCCGGGAAGAUGCCCAAAAGGGGGUGGUUGUUCAGGGAUUGACUUUACAUCAGCCCAAGUCCUCAGAGGAAAUUUUACAGUUAUUGGAUAAUGGGAACAAAAACAGGACACAACAUCCUACUGAUAUGAAUGCUACAUCUUCUCGUUCUCAUGCCGUUUUCCAGAUUUAUUUGCGACAGCAAGACAAAACAGCAAGUAUUGAUCAAAAUGUCCGAAUUGCCAAGAUGUCACUCAUUGACCUGGCAGGGUCUGAGAGAGCCAGUACUACCAGUGCUAAAGGGACCCGGUUUAUAGAAGGCACAAAUAUUAAUCGAUCACUUCUCGCUCUUGGGAAUGUCAUCAAUGCCUUAGCAGACACAAAGAGAAAAAAUCAGCAUAUUCCUUACAGAAAUAGUAAGCUCACUCGCUUGUUAAAGGAUUCUCUUGGAGGCAACUGUCAAACUAUAAUGAUAGCUGCUAUUAGUCCUUCCUCUAUGAGCUACGAUGACACAUAUAACACUCUCAAGUAUGCUAACCGUGCAAAGGACAUUAAAUCCUCUUUGAAGAGCAAUGUUCUUCACCUUGACAAUCAUAUAACUCAGUAUGUAAAGAUCUGUAAUGAGCAGAAGAAAGAGAUUUUAAUGUUAAAAGAAAAACUAAAAGCCUAUGAAGAACAGAAGGCCUUUACUGAAGAAAAUAACAAAACAGAGUUAAUGAUUUUAAACCCUCAGAAAAAAGAAAUUGAAAGAUUUCAAGAAAUUCUGAAUUGCUUGUUCCAGAAUCGAGAAGAAAUUAGGCUAGAAUAUCUGAAGUUGGAAAUGUUACUGAAAGAAAAUGAGCUUAAGUCAUUCUACCAACAGCAGUGCCACAGACAAAUAGAAAUGAUGUGUUCUGAAGACAAAGUGGAAAAGGCCACUUGCAAACGAGACCAUAGACUUGCAAUGUUGAAAACCCGUCGUUGCUACCUACAGAAGAAAAAAGAGGAGGAAUUGAAGCGAUUUGAUGAGAAUACUAAUUGGCUCCAUCGUGUUGAAACCGAAAUGAGACUCUUAGGUCAAAAUGGUCAUAUUCCAGAGGAACUCAAUAAAGAUCUUCAUUGUCACCAUUUGUACCUCCAGAACAAUGAUUUGAAAGCACAAAUUAAACAUAUGAAGGAUCUAGCUUGUCUUCAAGAACAGCAACACAGGCAAACUGAGGCGGUAUUGAAUGCUUUACUUCCAACCCUGAGAAAACAGUACUGUGCAUUAAAAGAAACUGGCCUGUCAAAUGCUGCUUUUGAGUCUGACUUCAGAGAAAUUGAACAUUUGGUAGAGAGGAAAAAAGUGGUUGUUUGGGCUGACCAAACUACUGAACAUACCAAGCAGAAUACCCUGCCAGGGGUUUCUCUGCUUAUGACCUUUCCACAGCUUGCGCCAGUUCACACUACUCCUCGCACAUCUUCAAGUGAACCUAAUCUGCUUAACAUUCCUUCACCGAAAAGAACUCGAAGAAAACUAAUGCCCUCUCCCUUGAAAGCAAAGCAUACCCAAAAGUCUGCACUGUCUGAAAGUGUGCAGCUCAAUGACUCUUUCAGCAAGGAACUUCAACCUAUUGUGUAUACCCCGGAAGACUGUAGAAAAACUUUGCCAAAUCCAUCUACAGUGACCUUAUUAAAACCAUCAUCUAAUACUCUGAGUUUUCAGGCCAUCAGCUCAAAUAUAAACAGUGACACUUCUCUGAAAAUGUCGUGUGAAGUAGAUAUUCCUGUCUGCAGGAAAAAAGAAUAUAGACAGGAGGAUUUGGACUCUACAUUUACUAUAUGUGAAGAAACCAAGAGAUUGAACAGUAAAUUACCUGAGCAGCAAUCAGUACCAAACAAUAAUGUUGUACAAAGGUUUGCCCCUUCCUCCUUCACCACUAAACAUCUCCUGCCUGUGCAAAGCAUGGUCCCAUCCUACAUGGCAAUGACGGCUGCUGCCAAAAGGAAACGGAAGUUAACAAGUUCUACAUCAAAUACUUUGUCAACUGCUGAGGAAAAUUCUGGAUUUGCCAAACGUGUUCGACAAGAUAAUUCAAGUGAUAAACACUCACAAGAAAAUGGAGCAGCAGUGGAAUAUAAAAGAAGCAUCCAUAAAGUAAGGCCAAACAUAGUCAGAAAGUUUGGAAGAAGUAUUUCAAAAGGAAACCUAAGAUAAGUCACUUCAAAAUCAAGAGAAAUUAUGUGGACAACUCUGCU